UUCAUUCUUUCUCAAAGUUGCACGAGUGUCGAGUUGCGAGCGCAGAAUUGAUUUUAUUUAAAGUUACUCACAGUAACAAUGUUAAUGUAGUAUUUGCGAGUGUUGUCCACGUUACGUGACUAUGGGCUACGAUAUCGGCUGGAUCAUCCCGCGCCUGCGAAGCCCGGGCAGGUUGUGGUACUGUGCGAGCUCUAUCACAUUGGCAGUCGUCGGUUUAUUUAGUAAGAUUGUCAUAGAGUUCCUUAACAAGACUACGGUGUACAACAAAGAGGCGCUGCAGCGCGCCGUGUGCCGGCCGCCCGGCGUGCCGCUGCUCACCGUGUCCAACCACCACUCCUGCUUCGACGACCCCGGCCUGUGGGGCGUGCUGGACUGCGUGACGCUGGUGCGCGGGUCGCGCAUGCGCUGGUCGCUGGCGGCGCACGACAUCUGCUUCACCAACGCGCUGCACUCGUACUUCUUCGCGCUCGGCAAGUGCGUGCCCGUCGUGCGCGGCGCCGGCGUCUACCAGCCAGCGAUCGACUUCUGCGUGGAGCGGCUGGAGCGCGGCGAGUGGGUGCACAUCUUCCCGGAGGGCCGCGUGAACGUGGACAAGGAGCACAUCCGCUUCAAGUGGGGCGUGGGCCGGCUCGUGGCCGCGUGCGCCGCGCCGCCGCUCAUCGUGCCCGUGUGGCACGAGGGGCUCGACCGCGUGCUGCCCAACCAGGAGCCCUACCUGCUCAAGUUCCGCAAGCGCGUGUUCCUCAACGUCGGCGAGCCCAUUCAGAUCGAUCAUCUCUUAGAUAGGUUAAGAAAAUCGAACGCCAGCGAGGAGGAGACGCGGAAGGCGAUCACGGACCGCAUCCAGGACGAGCUGCUGCGGCUGCGAGAGAGCACGCACGCGCUCAUCCGGCGCGCGCUCGGCGCCGCCGCCGACUCGCUGCUGGAGCGGCCGGCGCCCGAGCCCGCGCCCGCGCCGCCGCCGCCCGCCGCGCGCCUGCCCAACGGCGCCGCGCGCGACAAGGACAAGGAGCUGUAGCGCGCCGCGGCGCGGCGGUGGCGGCGUUGACUGUAAUUUAUAGGUACGCGUGAACAUGCAAUAUCAAAAUGUUCGAGGUCCCACUUCAGUGGAUGAGGAUCGAUAGGUUAUUUUGCCGAUGCGUCGUCCCUCUCCGCUCCGUGCGAGUGGCGUCGAUGUCGCUUCGGAACUUUCUCGUGCGUAUCCUUUCGGAGGCAGCUCGGCUUAUGAACGGAAACUUGUACCAAACAAAAGUGUCGAUUGUCGCAUACGACCGACGCAUAUUUUAGUAUCGAGCGGCAUCGGCGUUAACCCGGUCACCUCUCCGCCGUGGGGCUGGAUCAUAUCGAAUCGAUGAUUCCGGGAGAAUUUCGUAGGUAAAUCCAUAAAUCAAAUUUUUAUACAAAUCUUUACAAUGUUAUCGUUUGUAACUGAUUUUAACCGUAGACCGUGGAGUAGUAUUUGUAACGAAUAUACGCACAACCGAUUGCGCGGGCGCAGCCGACGGCGGCCGGGUUCGAUUCGAUCGGCGGCGGACCGGGCGCCCGCGGUCCCGGCGGAUCGAUCGGGCGCCGCCCCCCGGUCGGCGGGUCGCAUCCGAGGCGACGGCAGCGCCCGCGUAAUUUCCAAAGGAAAGGCAUGAAGUUUUUUCGUUUUAGUAUUAUUAGUUAGUGAAUAACUCGGGAGGAGUCGCGGCCGGUCUGCGGCUUCGAGAGACCGCCGCUGCGAAAGAGCCCGCGAGCGGAGGUCUCUCGCGCGAGCGGGAGGCGAGCGACGGGGUCGCGGCGUGACUACCUCAGCUUCCCAACCGCACCCGCCGCGGCCUCGUCGCUGCGGCUCUCGCUCCGUCCGCGCCGACCACUCGGCGGCCAAAGUUAGGGCUAUAUUUCACCGGGACACCAUGGGAGCGCAACCAGUCGCCGCUACCAACAAAAUGUAUACAGCGCUAUAGAGAGUUACUCACCUGGUGUCCGUUUGGUUGCGCAAAGCUGCACACAUUUUGUUGGUAGCCGGCGACUAGUUGCGCCGCCAUGGUGUCCCGGUGAAAUAUAGCCCUUAGUGUUGUUCGCGCAGCGGCCGCGACGCGGGCCGGGCCACGCGGCGCUUCUCCGCUCGUCGCGUUGCAUCCCGUCAGCGUGAGAUUUUGACUUGCCAGUGAAGAGAUCCAACCGAAUCCAGUAAUGCAUGCAAUUUUUCCGAUACAAUUGUUAGUGGUCCAAUAUAAUGAUAGGAGCGCCGCGUAGUUCCGCGCUGAUUAGUUUAUUGUAAGUAAUAUUACGUGGGAAUGUUAUCGAUAAGGUGUCGUGUGUGCGUGUUCUGUGUCGUGACUCGUGCUCGUGCUGUGCACCCGAAGUGAAUAUUUUCUUGAGACUAUACAUACUCUUGCGAUUUCGCUGUUCCUUUACACUCUGUUGAUGGUGAACGUUUCACAAAAUUAUCACUGUUCUCGUGAUUCCCCUGUAAAUUUAUACCUGGAGCUUCUAUUUGUAGUUCCCACUAUCAAAAUAAUUUUUAUAUCGAGUUUUUAUCUAUUUUUUACACAAUUUUAUAGUUGUAUGGUUUACAUAGGGUAACGUGCGAGGCGCCGAGAGUCCAUCCGAUUGUUUUGUUGGGUAGGCUCGCCGAGUUCGAGGCUCGCCUAGUGUGGCGUGUCUGCUUUGUAUUGUCGUUGUUCUCUACUAGUGAAAUUUAUUUGUAAUAUAAUUGUCGUUACCAGUGUGAUGUGCUAAUCGAUGUGAACUGAGUAUUUUGAACGUUAUUCUACUAAUCACUGCGAUAUUUUUCAUAAUAUCUGUUGUCUUCCGCACAUUUUUAUUAUUACAAAUUGUUUAUCAUAUGAAUUAUACUAUGUGUACUGAUUACUUACAUAAUUAUGUAAGUAGUUUUAGGUAAUUAAUUUAAAAUGCCACCUUGUCCUAUAGAUACCGUUAAAAGUUCUUUAAUUUUUUUAAAUCGUUAUUAAAGUAAUGAGUGCCAUCUUACAUUUGUCCGUCGCUAUCGCUAUGUUCCACAGAAUAUAGGACAAGGUUGUGUAGACUAUGUUGAUGGAUGUGCUGCUUAACUGUUUCGGUACAACAGGCAAGGAAAAGCAGAUUCAUGGGCACUCUCCAAUCGCAAUCUUGAAAUUAAUGCUAUAUUGCAAACGCUAUUGGGAGUUCCUACAGCUCUCCACUGGUUUGAACGACCUAAUCUCGGGGCCAAACUUGUCAUACAAAGCCAUAAUAUUAUUAUUAGCAAAUUUAGCAACAUCAACAUCGUCUGCACACAUUCAAGUGUCGCAUAAUACUGUCGUUCCUAUGUUCAGUCGAUAAGUCCAGGGCUUGUAUAUACGAGAAUUGAUUAGUUGGCCACAAUGGGUCGCAAAUAACGUAUUUUUUAUUUGUUGUUGUUCUGUUGUCUGAACUAACUACAUGGAAACCGCUUUUUGGAUAUCUAAGUCUAUUUUAUUAAAAAAAAUAAAUUGAUGGACCUUACAA